AAAGGUAGGUUUAGAAAGAAUGAAUUACCCUUGAACUGUUUCGCAAACACAGCCUUGUCUCCGAACUGGUCUCCCUCCGCCACCAAAUUCCGUCGCCGGUAUCUUCCCAGCAUAAGCUCAGAGUUACCGUUCUCCAACUACAAGCAACAAACACAAUCAAAAUCUGAAAAGACUACUAAAAAUUUGAAGAGCUUCUUUUUACUCCCCUUUUAUUUCCAGUUUCCUUUCCUCUGUUAUUUUCUUAAACCUGAAGACUUCACCCACCGAAAUAAUCAUUUUCUUAAUCCCAGAUUCUUCUCCCUUAAUUCUUCAGAUUUCCUACUUUCAGAUGAGCUGAUGUUUCAAUUGAUGAGAACUUUGUGAUACUAUUUAAUAGCGAUGGUUUAGCUUAUAUACUUUGCGGGGGGGGGGGAUUAAUCCGGUUGAAUUCUGUUUGGUUGUAGUGAAAGUUGGAGGAAUAGAAAAGGUGAAUUUUGGUUAUCUGUUAAGUUUCUGGAGUUGUGAGUAUGAAUUGAAGGAGUUUUAGUGGAAGAGAUGAAUGUGAGCCGUGGCUCGGUUCACCCAGUGGAAGAAGAUCCACCUCCCACUGAAGGAGCUGGAGGCGAAGGAGGCAACAACGAGGUACCGACAGUGAGGAUGAAGGAUCUUCAGGGAAUGCCUGGUACACUAGGAGGGCUUGUGUUGAGGAUAUGUCAGUUUGCCUUUGCAGUUGUGGGACUUUGUAUUAUGGCUACCACUAGUGAUUUUCCAUCUGUUACUGCCUUUUGCUACCUUGUUGCUGCCACUGGCUUGCAGAUUUUGUGGAGCUUAUCGCUUGCUAUCAUUGACAUUUAUGCCCUUUCAGUGAGACGUUCCUUGCAGAAUUCCCGUGUUGUUACUUUGUUUACUAUUGGUGAUGCGAUCACAUCCACUCUCACAUUUGCUGCAGCUUGUGCUUCUGCCGGGAUCACCGUUCUUAUCGACAACGAUCUUGAUAGCUGUGCACAGAACCAUUGUGCAGAGUUUGAAACUUCGACUGCAAUGGCCUUCAUUUGCUGGUUUGCUGCAGUACCUUCAUUUCUGUUGAACUUUUGGUCACUUGCAUCCCGGUAAAAAGGGAAUGCGAAAAAACCGAAGUUGAAAGGAGUAACCAUGGCUGCUGUAGAAAGCAUUUUGUUGUGUCAAGCUUGUGGCAUCGUGGAACCUAUCGAUGUGUUAUUUUUUCAAAAGUUUGUAUAGGCGUUAUGAAUACCAGUUGCAUCAAUUUAAGCUUUUAUGUAAACAUGUGUAUCUUUUUAAGUACUGUGUUUGUGGGCAGUGUACAAUUGAA